AUGGCCACCGGGCAGGAGCCCGCCGACCUCCCGGCCUCGGGCGCGCGCACCGAGGCGGGCGCGCCCGCGGCGAAGCACCGCGGGGCCGGGGAGCACGGCGAGCCGCGCUUCGGCUUUGCCGGGUAUGCGGCGAUGCUCACGGCUGCCGGAGGCGUAUGGCUUGCGGACCUGUGGUCCAGCAUGUUCAUCGAUGCUGGCGAAUCCCACCCUUAUGCCCUGCUGCGGGAGAACUACUGGCUGAGCAAUGUCUUCUUGAGCGUAGGCCUCCUCCUUGGCAUCACCCUGUAUGUGCUGGACGUUUUCAUGCCGCCGCACCUCCGCGGGCAGCCCGGGGCCCUGUGGAACAACGACCGUUGCGUCGGCCGGGCGCUCCUGGUGCUCGUAGUGCUUCUCUUUUUAGUUGGCUGCCUGUUUAUGGCUGCAUAUUACCCGCACUUUCCCAUGCUGAUAUUUAUUGCGUUGGGUAUGGUCAUUCCUGCCAGCGUGCGGCUGCUGACGCUGCCGCAGAGGGCGGACGGGGCUGGCAGGGGAGCCCGAGAACUGGGCCGCCGCGAAUCGAAGCUGAGCUCGCUGAAGGCGCUCGUCCAGAAGUCCGACGACGCGCUCAAGUUCUAUCAGGCCUUCGCGUUCGCAUAUUUUUCCAGCUCGGUCGCUGUCGCGUUUGCCUGGGCGGUGCAGGUGGGCAGCGGGCAGAUCUGCUUCUCGGGCUGCGACAACCAGUUCACGGUCGUCAGCGACAGCUGCGGCGACUCGGCGGCCGACGGUCUCGACUCUGGCCUGGUUGUGUUCCUGGCCAUGAGCCCCCUCUUCGUGGCGUUCGCGAACCUGGUCUUCGGGCUCUUCGCGCUGGUCCGGAUCGUGAUGAACAGCACCUACCUCUCUACAUCGAGGCACCGCAACCAGCUGGCGACCGCCCUGCGCGUGAACCGGGAGGCGCUGGAGAGGAACGAGGUGUUGCUCGAGCUGUCCCCAGCGCCCUCCGAGAACGCCGAGCCCAGGCCCAGCGGUGGCUCCGAGCCGACCCGUGAGGUCAGCGAGGAGUUCCAGAGCAUGGAGCUCAAGAGUUACCAGCAGCUCACGAUGCUCGUGAAGGCCGUGGGAUUUAUGCUGAUAUUGCUAAUCGGCUUGAGCUACGCUGGUGCCUUGCUUGUCUGGGCGGACAACGAGAUAGCGAGCAUGUUCUGCAGCCUUCUGGUUGUGUUCUUCAUCGGAUUCAUCUUAAUGACUGUCUUCUCGUUCUCUAGAAUCGCGCACGUGCUGGGCAACUGGUUGAUUGAUCUUCCAUUGUGGGGCCAUGUCUUGAACUUCAUGAAGAAUGACUGGGUGCAAGCAUUUACCCUGUGCAUAGUGUUCCCGCUGCUACUGCCAUUCGCAGUGCUGUGUAUCACGAACCAGCGGGUGAGGAGUUUAAGGGGUAUCUCCGGAUUUGUUGACCAAGACGCAGUCGACAGCGCGGCUUUGAGUACCGUCGAUCCUGAUGAUCCGGCUGUUCCUGCAGCCGAUCCUAUUGGAAUGAGGGCUUUCCUGAACGAGCUGAACCAUUUGCUACACCCAACGGAUACACAACCAGAUUCCCCCCUCCGGUUCUGGGUGACUGCAAGAGUGCACGGUGUCUGGCAGAAGAUCCGGAACCUCCGGUGGUUAUCUAUUCAAUUUACAUUUGGUGUCUGCUGCCCUUCUCUUACUACGUCGGAUCCUUGGUCUUCAACGCGGGGUUUGCGUACCUGA